UGUGUCGUUUUGCAAUGGGCCCCUGCCGUGAAUAUUUCUGUCUCGGUCUUGGUUUGGUAUUUUGAUGUAUUAUUGGCUAUGGAGACAUUCUGCGUUGGUGUUCUUCCUGAACCAAGUAUUGUCUAGGAAUAUAUAUAUAUGCAAUACAGCCUGUGAUAAGAGCUUGACCAGUGCCGACUCAAAUCAGGGAGGAGAGCCGUUGUCUCUCUCGGGCUGACAGUGCUGGAAAGACUGCACAACUGUGUGAAUUAAUUAAGACUUAAUCGAAAGACUGUGCCCGUGCUGUGCUGCCAUGACGACCAUGGCCCCUCCCCUCAUGUUUCUCCUCCUGCUCCUUCAAUUGGCUCACAGCUCUUUCCCAGAGGAGCCCGGUCCUCUAAGCUAUGCUCCCUUAGAGGUGGUGAGGAGGUAUCCUGUGUUUGUGGGUAGAGCUCAUCGUUCCUCACAGAGACAGGAGCUGCACAUUCACACAGUGCUCCAGGUGAACCGCACACUCUACAUAGGAGCCAGAGAUGAUCUAUAUAGAGUGGAGCUGGACAAUAUGUCAGGGGACGAAAUAUUCUACAGCAAGAAGCGGACGUGGGAAUCCAAUAAGAAUGACAUUCGAGUCUGUAGGAUGAAGGGAAAACAUGAGGGGGAGUGUCGUAACUUCAUCAAGGUGUUAUUGAGCCAACAUGGAGAACUGUUUGUGUGUGGAACUAACGCCUUCAACCCUCUAUGUGCGAACUACACUAGGGACACUCUGGAGAUGGUAGGAGAGACGGUCAGUGGGAUGGCUCGAUGCCCUUAUGAUCCCAGACACGCUAACGUGGCUCUUUUUGCAGAGGGCAGUCUCUUCACCGGUACUGUAACAGACUUUCUGGCGAUUGAUGCUGUGAUCUAUCGUAGCCUAGGCGACAGCCCUGCUCUCCGCACCGUCAAACACGACUCCAAGUGGUUUAGAGAACCCUUCUUUGUGAGCGCAGUCGAGUGGGGGCCUCAUAUUUACUUCUUCUUCAGGGAAAUGGCCAUGGAGUUCCAUCACCUGGAGAAGGUGAUGGUGUCUCGUGUGGCGAGGGUGUGUAAGGGGGACCAGGGUGGGUCUCAGAGGGUGUUGGAAAAACAGUGGACAUCGUUCCUGAAGGCCAGACUGAACUGCUCUGUCCCAGGAGACUCCCACUUCUACUUCAACCUGCUCCACGCCACCAGCCCCAUACUCAACAUGAGCGGCAGGGACGUCAUACUGGGACUGUUCUCUACACCGCCCAACAGUAUCCCUGGGUCUGCAGUCUGUGUGUUUGACAUGCAGCAGUUGGCUAGGGUGUUUGAGGGAAGAUUCAAGGAGCAGAAAUCUCCAGAAUCCAUCUGGACACCUGUAUCUGAUGAGCUCGUGCCCAAACCCAGGCCGGGUGGCUGUGCGGUGCAGGGGUCUCAGUUCAGCUCGUCUAAAACUCUGCCAGAUGAGGUGUUGAACUUUGUGAAGACUCAUCCCCUGAUGGAUGAGACCAUACCCCUGGUGGGGCACAGACCCUGGGUUGUCAAGACUAUGGGCAGGUACCAGUUGACAGCCAUGGUGGUGGACACAGAAGCUGGUCCCCAUAGAAACCGUACAGUAUUGUUUCUGGGCUCCACGCGAGGGACCGUCCUCAAAUUCCUCAUUGUCCCGAGUGGAGACAACUCUCCCACCCACAGCAGUGUGUUUCUGGAGGAGGUGGAGGGCUUCAACCCUGAGAAGUGUGGAGAGGACUCUGUCCAGGCCAGACAGUUGUUGUCUCUGUCCUUGGAUCGUCCCAGUCACACUCUACUGCUGGCCUUCCCUUCCUGUCUGGUCAGACUACCCACAGCACGCUGCCACCUACACUCACGCUGCAUGAAGAGCUGUCUGACUUCCAGAGAUCCCUACUGUGGCUGGACCAGAGGCAGCACCUGCUCCUUCCUCAGACCAGGCACACGGCUGCCUUUUCAGCAAGACAUUGAGUAUGGCAACUUCUCCCAUCUUGGAGACUGUGGUGGUGUCAUACAGCAGAGUCUGCUGGUCGAGCCGGAGAGUCUGGUCUCCCUCAACCUGCUGGUGGCGUCUGCAAUCUCGGCCUUCACCAUCGGGGCGAUGCUAUCAGGCCUGGCCGUCUGCUGGAUCAUGGCCCACAAGCCCAGCAACCGACGCCACGCUAGCAACUCCAGCCAGUCCAGCAUCCAGCGCCGGGAGAGGGGGAUGUUGACGUCAGGAGGAGGGAUGGGAGGAUCGGUCCUUAGUGUGACCCGUCAGGGAGGAGGGGAUAGACCUUGUUCUCAGGGCGGGGAGACCCUGUUUGUGAUGCCAAACGGAUGGGUGAAGUCAGGGGAGCUGGACCCAGGGUUCUUGCCCACGCCAGAGCACACGCCCCAGCAGAAGAGACGCGGGCUCAGGCUUUCAGAUUCUGGAUCAGGGGGGUGGGACAACAGCCAGACCUACCUGGGAGGGAGCACCAUGGGGCUGGCAUCCCCCUGCCCUCUCCCUUGCCCCCCACACCCCUCCACUGCUGUCUACCUGACCACCAGACUCUUCCAGGGUGGAGGAGGUGGGAGACAUGGGGGUGAGGAGCGAGGAAGAGAAGGGGAGACGCCUCGCCAGCACUACGUGUGCCUCAGCAAGCCCUGGGGGGAGAAGGGGAGGAGUGGGACCCCAAAGUCGGCACUUCGCAAGUCAGCAGGGGAGUACGUGUACCCCAUGACCCCCCAGGACUCCCCGAAUAGGAGGAGGGUGGUGUCAGCCCCCAGCGCCCACAUGGAGUUUGGGGAGCCCCUGCCUCUCCGCUGGCCUCCCCAGGAAGGCUACAUCCUCAGCAGCCAGGGCAUGGUCCCCGCACCUCCAUCCUCCAUGCCGACCACCAACGGCCAGCAGUAUGUGGCCCAGCACCACACCCCCGGGCCGGGCAGGGCUCAGCUGAGAGGGGAACUGGGGAGAGGAGAGCUGGGGGAGCUGGUGGAUCUCAGCCAGCUGCUGAGUAAGAAGAGUUCCAAUGAGAGGACUCACAACAGCCAGUGAAAAAGAGAGUGAAAAGUAGGGAAGGACCCCGACCACUGCUUAAGACCAUAUCAGUCUCUUUCUACAUCUCUCUCCUUCUCUCUGUUCUACCUUUUCUCUCCCUCCCUUUCUCUUUCUUUCUCUCUCUGUCUCUGUCCCUCAUUGUCAUUCAGUCCUCCUGAUAUCUCUGUAUCUCACUGGGGGACUUCUGAGGCUGUUCUUUCUGUGACUGGUUACUACUGCUGUCACUCAGAUCCUGCUUGGCUGUGAUUAGCCAGAGAAAAUGAGGUUGUUGUUGUGUCUGCCUAUCUACUCAAGCUGCUUAAAGAGGGGAGGAGGCGAGAAAGAGAGAAUGGAGAGCGAGAGAUAGGGAUUGAAAGAGAGGUGAGAAAGAAGGAAAGAGAGAGGGGAAGGAAGAGUUUGCUAGACAGUGGAAUUCUUACAAAGAAAACAUGCUGAGAGAGAACCAUAAGCAGGAAGCUACAUGCAAAGAGACCCCAGAGACAGACACUUGCCGACAGCCUUACCUGUGCUUCAAACAGGCCAAAAAGGACUACCAAACAACAUGGCCACUAUCAGGUGUCAGAAGACGAGACCUCAUUCCUACACAAUGCACUCUGUCCACCUUCCAGUACAGACUGAGUGGCACUCACACAUGAAUUAGAAAGAUAUUACUUUGAAGAAUCUUGCUGAAGGUGAAUGAAACAGACACUGUUCAGCCUCAGUGUGCAGGAAAACACUGAGGUCAUUCUGACUCUGACUCUGAACGUGAAGAGAAUGCCUGAUGAAGAGUGUCGAAAGGAAGCGGCAAUAAAGAUUUAAUAGCCUGCCCUCCAGCAGCCUCCUGACACAAACACACACACACACACAGAGAGAGAGAGAGAUUUACAGCUCAGUUUUAAUAAGUCUGGUCAGGGGACCAUAUAUUCCCAGUGUAUGUGAGGUGAGAGGGGCCGUACUGUACUGCUCCUAACCUGUCUCACUGGAACCAUGGGACUAUAACCCACUUUUACUGAGUUACGGGAAAGGAGGAGAGUCGGACUGGAAUGUCAGCACUAUUUCUGCCAACCAGGCGUUCUCUCUAAUGACGCCAUUUCAUCCAUCCAUCCACCCCUUCCACUCCAUGUUUUUUUUAAUGGUCAAAUCAUUUUAGAGCCGAUGCGACGUGUGGAGAGAAGGAAAGAGAAUUAGGUUGGGCUGUGUGUGUGUGUGUGUGUGAGUGUAUGUGUGUGUGUGUGUGUGUGUGUGUGUGUGUGUGUGUGUGUGUGUGUGUGUGUGUGUGUGUGUGUGUGUGUGUGUGUGUGUGUGUGUGUGUGUGUGUGUGUGUGUGUGUGUGUGUGUGUGUGUGUGUGUGUGUGUGUGUGUGUGUGUGUGUGUGUGUGUAUGCGUGCGUGCAUCCUGCGCCCUGUGUCUGUAUGCGGAGGUGCACUGGCUAUGUGUGUGUGUGACAGUCACUGUUGUUGUGAUUAAACAACUGUCCUGCCGCUUACUCAUCAACGUUAAUGGUUAUUUUCAUAGAACUCAAAUGGCACCAUAUAUUCUACCCAUCAAAGUGUCUAAUAAAAGACUUGCCAUUACAUUAAGCGGACAUGGGGAGAGGGAGAGAUAGAAAGACAGAGAUAAGUAGAAAGACAGGAGGAUAGAGAGACAAGCAGAAAGGCAGAGUGAGAAAGAGAGAGGCAACACGGAGACAAGAAAGACGAUAGGAUCUGCCAUUCUCAAGUCGUCAGAGACACAGCUCCAGUCACAUUCAGAAAAACGUUUUGUUCAGUUCUGUUGUGAACCUGAGCAGCAAUGACUUGUAUAUAAAGACACUUGUAACUCAACCCUAGAUGUCUGUGUUACCAUUGGAGGAGCACAAUGAUGACAGCACUCAGACAGGUCAUGACUCAAAUCACACCCUAUUGUCCAUAUAGUGGUCAAAUGUAUUGCACUGAAUGGGAAAUAUGGUGUUGAUUGAGAUGCAGCCGCAGUAACAAACACACUCAUAAACACCAUGCCGAUGUCUUUUCUCCCUCUGUGUCAAUACAAUGUGUGCCAAUAUUCUGAACUGUACUUUUGGGUGACAUAUCACGUGACCACUGAAACAAAAAGGAAACAUUUUCAAGUGCCAUAAAAAACAUGUCAAUUCAUUUUUAUACCUUAUAUAUUUGAUACUGUGAUGUUGUAUAAUUUGUUCAAGUGUGUACAGUGUUACUUCCUGUGUGCAAUGAUGAGGAACUUCACAAUGUCGCCUUCAGAUAGCCUACUGAAUGUUUGUUUUCUUUCAUAAUUAUUUUGCCUUUGCUGCUCUCGUGCAUUUUAGGCAUAUCCAUUUCAAAUGCUAGUAACACUGAACAUCUGUUUAUAAACCAGAAUUUGGUUCAGUUGUUACUGAAAUAUGCUAGCAUUGUAUUGAUUGUUUUCACCCACACCAACAAACAGCCAUACUGUGGAACCUUCAAGUCAUAGGCUACUUCCUGAAUGAAUAUAUAUACUAAUUUGCUCAUAAAACUGUGCAGUACUAAUACAUUCAUGGAAAAGCACAACUUUUAUUUGUCUUAUUUGAAAAGGAGUUGUACUGUAUCUAAUGCAUAUCCUUGUAAAUAUUUGAUUUCAAUGUAUCUUCCCCAUUUGGUUUGAAUGAUUCUUGUCUUCUUACUUGACAUGGGCUUUCUCUUUGACGGGUGAGUUUUUAUUGACUAUGUUGUGAAUGAGCUGUAAAUAGAUUAAGUACGGUAUUUACCUUUGACUAAAUACUGAGGCUAGCUGUUUUCUUUCUAAAGAGUAGAAUCGCAGGCUUAUCCUGCUGAGCUGAAUUAAAAAAGGUAUCCAGUUGACUUGGCUGUGCACACACACACACACACACACACACACACAAACACAAUUUGAAUUUAAAGGCGGUCAAGGAGUAGGGCGUUCAUGACGUUAGAUGUUACUUUUUUUAAGUAAAUCCGGUGUUAACUGAGGUGAAAAGGAGACUGGAUUGCCACUAAAUUCAAAUCACUUCCUGAAUUGACUGCCGUUAACUGGAAUUGAGCCCAACACUGACACACACGAAACACUUAAUGUGAGAGUAUAAAGCAGUCAGUCCAUUUGGAGACCCCUGUCAAUAUAUUCUUUCUUAUUCUAAUAAACCAUUAAGAUCUAUUCAUCUCUGUUAUAUCUUUACAUAUUGUUCAUUUUAAUCUUGACAUACAGUAGAGGGCACUUUCAAGCAACCAUUUUUAUCACCCCUAGAUGGCGCUCGAAACUAGUCUUUACAAGAGAGGAAGCCAUCUAUAAAAAUAACUGCAUCUCACAUGUCUAGUGGCCUCCUCUCGUUUCUUUACCUUCAGAUGCACUGAUGUGGAAGACCUAGAUUGGUGAAAACAAAUUUACAGUAGGAAUCCACCUCAUUAUCUUAAUCUAUCAUGUGUUUACAGAUCAUUGCGAAUGAAGGCAAGGAGGUCAAAAUUAUCUAAUUGAGAUGCAAGCUAAAUGAUUCCACUGUUGCCAAGGAGAUGUAGGUGGUGAAUCAUUGCUUGUUAGAUGUGAUGCCAUUAACAGCUGGAACAUUUCCUUUGUAUUAGAAGCAGUCUCUUUCAUAUAUACUAUGUUUUUACACGACUACAAUAAUAUGCCUGUAUACAAGUGAUGAUCAACGUGUCCUUGAGGUUCGCAAUAUGUAUAGGCUUUUUCUACAGCCCUGCACUUCAACGCAAAUCCUCACCUUAUUAUGGUUGUGGUCUCUAGACCGCUAUUAGUUUAACCACAACAAGAUCUGAAACACAUGCUUCUAGCAAGGGCAAUUUUGG